AUGUCUUUCCUUCAUGGAGUUCUUGAGACUGUGAAGGAUGAUGAUAACGUUACGAAAUAUGAUGAUAAAAACACUAAUAAGAAUAUUAAUAGCGUUAUUAAAACAUUACAUGAUAAUGUAGGUAAAGGCCGUCAGGCCUUCCGUGUCGCCGUGUCUCAGGUGGACAAGGCAACGGGAGCAGUGAAGGACAAAUUAGGUGAGUUGAUUACUAAAUUAUCAUCUGGUGUUGCAGGUAAUGAAAACUUCUACAAUCAAGUGAAGGAGCAAGCCGAGCAGCCACUUGCCAGUCAACUGGCGGCGUGGAAGGAGACACUUAGUAGCAUUUCUAGCGCACUUAGAGAUGAUGUAGAAACAAAAGUUAAUGAGUUAGAUAGCGCACUUAAAGGUAGAAUAGAGGCAGAGAUGAAGCCGAUAACUAAGGUUGUCGAGCACAUGCAGAACUCAGCUAGCGAUGAGGUUAGGGCGGCCUGCCAGGGUGUGGAUCGGCAGUUAGACGAGCGUGAGAAAGAGAUAAUGAGUCAUAUUACGGAAAACUGUGAGGGCCUGUUGGAGGCUUCGUAUGAGCAGUUUGCAAAUGUGUUCGAGAAUGUUAAUGAACUUCAACGAGCACGAUCCGAGCAGUUUGAGCAUAUAAAAACCUUUAUUAAAUAUGUUAACGAUGCUGUUGCUGAUGUUAUUAAGAAUUACGAUAAGAAUUAUGAAGAACAUGUUUCUACGCAGUUUAAGAAGAUUAGAGACGAAUUGCAAGACGUAGACACGGAGAAGAAUGCUAAGGGUACUGCUCAAGCUACUUCGCACCUUCGCAAAAUAGCCACACACGUUAAGAAGAAUAUUGAGACCCUCGACAACGAUCUUAACAAGGCCGCCAAAAAACUCGGCGAAUCCAUUUGUGGAGCUGUCGAUGGAGUGGAGGGUGCACUUAGUAAGUUGGAUGGGAAAGUGCAAGGAGAUUUAAACAGAAUUGAAAAUAGCGUCAAAAAACAGUUGACGGAUUAUGCGAAGGGGUAUGUGAAGUUGGUUAAGCAGGAAGUGGAGAAGAUUAAAAGGGGGGUUGGUGAAAAGGACGGAACAAAGAACGGCAAUGAUGGCAGUAUUUGUUACAAUUGGGAUCUUCUAAAAGCGAUAUCAAAUACACUUGUUAAAGCUAUUAAUGGCACCGGCUUGAAUAGGUCCGGUCUGACUCAAAUUGUCGACGGAGUAGAGGCGUAUGCUAGGAAGUUCACGGAGGGGAACUUUGAGAGUACAGUUCAAAAGUGGAUUGCGGAUAUUUUGACGCAGGAUGUUGUAGCCAAGAAGUAUGUUAAAGACUAUGUUGAGUAUAACAAGGGGCACGGUAAACAGCUGGUUAAGGUUAGCCAACUGCAAAGUACCAUCGCCGAAGCAGCAGAUAUGCAUCCUAAAAUUAUCGACGCAAUUAUGAAAGCGCUCCAGCAAGAACUUAAUGGAGCUGGUGGCGAGGUUACAAGAAAUAUUCGAGAAAUCACAACGCAAACGCCUGACAAGAUUCAAAAGUACGUCCAAGCUGUUCAGGCUGGUAUCAAUCAUUUUGUCAGUGGAAUUAAUGGGAAGCUUGAUGAGACAUCGAAGAACCCAGGGAUGGAAUCCUUUGUAGAUGAUAUUGUGCGGAACAUUGGGACUCAAGUUAAGGCAAAAGACGAAACAUCAUACAGCCCUUACACCCUCGUAGGCGCUGUUCGCGCCACCCUCAUAACACUCUCUUCCACCGCCAGGCAAGUAGCUUCACAACUUGAAAUUUUCAGGGCAACGUCAAACAUCGCAAACGUCGAAGGGGCGAUAACGAAUGCCAACAAAAUUGGCAAACAAUUUGCAGACAACAGCGGCAUUCGUCUCGGCCCAAGCGAAUUUGGUCUGAAAAUUCAGAGAACCCUGCCCAUAGUGCAGCAACAACUUAAAGACCUCAGCAAUAAUCUCACCAAGGCGACUGGUGAUGACUCCCUUACCUCCACGGAAGGUAUUGAUAUUAAGAAUGAAAUUCAUGAGACUAUUGCGACAAAGAUUACAGAGAAGUUCGACCGCCCGGUACAAGCAGGCGAUGCAGGUCCGCGAAUUUAUGAUCUUUCGACCGUCCUUCCAGAAUAUAAUAGGUGGGUGAAAGGCACUGACUCCGAUCCCAAUAACCUCAGGGCCAAAAUAGACAAGAUAAAAAAGGACCUAGGAGAGUAUUUCAACAAUGGCGAGAAAAUAGAUGGCAGUUCAACUUUCAAGCUAUGGAAAUCCGGUAUAUUCCAAGAUUACGUGUAUAAUAGGUUUUCAGCUUCCAAUGCCAUCAAAAGCGCACUUGACAAAAUCGAACAACUUGAGAAGGUGCCAGGCGACGUGGAAUCAAAACGCAAGAAAACAAUGGAGCUGAUGAAAGACUUGAAACAUAACUUUCAACAAAUUAAAAAUGAAAUUGAAAGAGCUUAUAGGAUUGUAACUGACGCUGAUAUUGUUUUGCAAAAGCACAUACAAUCGGUAAGUGAUGUUGCGUUCUCGGCGCAGGACACUAUAUCAAGGACUAUCCAAACGCUUCAAAAGGACCUCACCGAGACUGCGAAAAAUGCCUUCGAAGAGAUCACCGUCCAAGUCAGACUUCUCUUCGCGCACUCCAGAACAGCCGACCUAACCGCCCUAAAAUCCCUAGUCAACGCACAAAAAACAGCGAUCGAAGGCAUAAUCACAAAAGACUUGGCGAACGGCGUCAAAGGCCUAUUGGACAAAAUACGUACAACGCAUCAAAUUCUCGGACCAAUUAAGGACCAAAAGGAUUUAAAUCUCGGUACUCCAAUAUUCAAGCAAUUCUACGAAGGACUCUGGUCUUACAUCAUUGGUCAAAUUGCCAAUCAUCCAUCCAAGGACAAAGCGUCAAAAGUCAACACAGCAUUAACUGAAUUACUCCAGAAAAUGAUAAAAGAAAACCAUUUCAGCCAUGAAGUUGCCGAUUUGAUCAAAAAGGCUGCCGACACGGUGGUGAACUUCACCCCCGCCAAAUUCACUUCUCCCUCCAGUCCCAUCCUGCAAGCGCUCAAGGACGGAAUCGGCGCCCUGGCCCAGCAACUCGGCUACGCAUAUGUGAGCACUUACUGUUGUAAGAAGUUUGACGGUGCGUUGCUUGAUCCUGAUACAUCUUUGACUGACGACAAACGCAAAUUGACACCGUAUGGUGAGAAGCUGUCUAAGGUUUUCAUGACCUGUCUGCCUGGUUGGACAAGAUAUCUGUACGAUCUGCGGGUUAGAUGUCAUAACAAUCCGCAGGGCCCGUGGAAUAGUCUACAAAUUAAUAAGCUUGGGAAACACAAAAGUCUCGGAGAUUGGUUUGACUCCCGCGGUUACCGUGUCUCUAAGGAAGAUAAUGGACACGACGGGGAGUUGAAGAAUAAGAUAGAUUUUACGGGUGAACAAAUUAGGAUAUUACUUGGCCAUAAACUGAACAAAUUAGAUUCCAAAUUACUCACUCAUUUACAAUCUCUGAAAUUGAGUAAUGGCCAAUACACAACACUUCCCUACCUACUGCGUUACGUCAGCGGUACACUAGAUGACUACCGCAGCGUCUGCCACUACAACAUCCCUCCAAAACCCAGAGCCCCGUCCAACAUCUAUCUCAUGCUUCAGUGGACUGCCGGCCUCAAGUACAACCACAUGUACGGUGAAGUCAAGAGCCAGCUUGGCAAUGUGCUUAAGGGCCUACAAAAUGAGCAUAAAUUAGAAACAGAAGCUUUACCAGUAGCCGUGCAAUCGGAUAUGCGAGGCUUAAUUACGUCACCUAUAGACUAUGACCAAUUAACUAAAGCACUUGAAAGUGUCUGCCACUACGCCGAACAAACAUUAGUCGCCGUGCUCGGCCACGGCCACGCCGACGGUGUGUAUGCCUCUGAUCACCUCACUAACUCAAGUAAUUUGUUGUAUCCUGGUAGCGGUGGUGCGUGCUUGGACAUGUUAGUAGAUGUGUUAUUUAGACUGUAUCAGCAAAUGUGUUUCCUACGUAAGCAGUGCCUCGGUGGCAAAAGUCACAGCGGGUGGAAAGACUGCUCGUACGGCAGAUACGUCGCUGGCUCAGGUUGGCAGUGUAACAAUGAACAGUGUGCUAACCUAGAGUGUAACCUAAGACCUAACCAAAAGGGGAACCUAAGUGCUGACCAAACACUAAAGCAAACAGCUGACCAACACCCCGAUUGUGGUAUGAAAUCACCACUGCAAUCCUUCCUUGAAGAUGGUCUGCAAGGGUUCUUGCCUCAUUCGUUUAGCAGUCCCGGCUGCAAGUUAACGUGUACUGUCUCCAAUCAUAGGGGACUUCCUUGUAAGACUCCGAUGGGAUUUGCCGAUAUAGGUGUCAUUGCUUCACAUACUAAAACAGGUGCGUAUCUUGAGCGUGUGCUUUUUGAUUUUUGUGGUCCGUAUUCUGCCCUCAGUAAACUCUGUAACAUGCUGAACUGCGUACUCCGCCGAGCGCCUCAGACGCUUGAUGAUAUUUUCGGUUUCUUCCGUGGUUACCUGGCAAACUGGAUUGAAGGUAGAGAGCAUAAGAUCUCUGCAUUUAAUAAGGCCAUUAAGGAAGCUUAUUUCGGCCAGGAAUAUUCGGACUUGACUCCGACUGUUUUGUUCAACACCAGCGUACAUCAAUGGAAUGACAUAUCGAACCAUUCCAAAGGUGACAUGUUUACUAUAACAAAAUGCGAAAACAGGGCAGUAGAUACAUGUGGUGUCUAUUUGGAGUCAGUAUCAUCCAGCACGUAUAGCAUUUUCUCAUCGUACCAUAAAAAACAAUACCUGUCGUGGAUCCUGUACUCGGCUGAGACCUUGUAUAAUUUGCUGGACAGAUUAUAUAAACAGUGCUGUAAUAACUGCACGUCUCCUGGAGCCAAAUGUCAUGGCACGAAAUGUGAUAAGAAUUGCCAAGUAAAACAGGCAUAUGACGCUCAAAACUCUGAUGAUGCAAAACCAGACACCAAGAGACUCGACGGCAAAAAUCACACUGAAAAUUGCAGUUCCAUUGUCAGAUGCCAAAACACGCUGCCCACGCUAUACAUGUACGGCUUCAGUUUCGGUAAUCCAUUUGGUCUCUGUGGCAAAGAUAAUCUCACAGUUAAUCGAAGAACGUGCAAGGAUUUCUGCAGUGCGUUGAAAAAGAUUCUAGAUGAGGAAUCAGCACUAAUUCAAUUAAUCAAGCAAAUCGAUGAAUUCAUCUGGAAGAUAAGAGAGAAUUUCUCUUAUACCCUCCUCGCCCUCUGGUCCCUCUCUUUGCUCUACCUGCUGCACAUCGCCGUCGUCCGCCUCGACGUCCUGAGGAUACGCUCCCAUCUGCGCUCACCUUCAAGCCACAGGAUCGCCGCCCAGUCGCUGCUCGCCGCCGCACGCGUCAGGGCACUCGCCAACGUCAAGUACUUCUCACCAUAA